CGGCGCGCAGCAACAUGGCCGCCGGUGCCUCGCGGCCGUUUGUGGUUCGUGCGCCGUCGCGCUCUCAGUCCCUCUCCGCGCCUCGAUACGAGUGUGUCGCGGUCACGCGAGUUGGUGCGCCGCUGUCUCCCCCCCCUUGCUGCGCAGUCUGCGAGCCGUCAACGGUCGCGUCGACGAGUUGUUCGAGUUUCUUGAGUGCUUCGCCUCUCCACCGCCUCCGGGAUCCCGGCUGCCGCGCGGACCGACGCUACGGGAACAUCAUGGCCGAGAGCAAGGGCGCGUUAAUCGCCAAGACAGUGCAAAAACACGCGGGCAGGGCGAAAGAGAAGUUUCUACAGAAUCUGGGCAAGGUCGAUCGAACCGCGGACGACAUAUUCGACGAGCACCUGCAGAACUUCACGAGGCAGCAGAACUCCGCUAACAGACUGCAAAAGGAGUUCAACAAUUACAUCAGGUGUGUUCGAGCGGUGCAGGCCGCGUCCAAGACCCUCAUGGACUCGUUGAAUGAGAUCUACGAGAGCCAGUGGACCGGACACGAUCUGCUGUACGUGCAGGCACAAAAUCUCGACAUGCUGUGGCAAGAUUUCACUCACAAGCUCGCGGACCAGGUUCUUGUACCGCUCAACACAUAUCAGAGCCAAUUCCCGGAAAUGAGGAAAAAGGUCGACAAGCGCGGACGUAAGCUGGUGGAUUAUGACAGCCAGAGACACAACUUCCAGUCGUUGCAGUGCAAUCCAAAGAAGAGGGACGAGCUUAAAGUGUCGCGGGGUAAGGAGAUGCUGGAGGAGGCGAAACGCACAUACGAGCAGCUAAAUUCCGAGCUGCACGACGAGCUGCCGGCACUGUUCGACUCGCGCGUUCUCUUCCUCGUCACAAAUCUGCAAACGCUCUUUGCCGCGGAGCAAGUGUUUCACACUGAAAGUGCCAAGGUAUAUUCCGAAUUAGAAGCGAUCGUCGACAAAUUGGCUAAUGAAAGUCAACGGGGAUCUUACACACUGAAGAAGAACACGGAACCGCAAUCGCCGAAGUCGCCUAACGCGAACUCGUCCCUAAUAAUUAACACGCAGCCAGCGCAGAACAAUAUCUCAGGAGCUUUGGACGACACCGAGCCCGCCGCCAGAGACACGUCGCCGACCACCCAGAUAAACGGCAACGCUAACAGCAACGCUAACAGCAACGUUAACAGCAACGCUAACAGCAAUGAUAAUUCUCUCAAUAAUCAAGACGCGUCGCCGCAGAACGCAGUCGCGCCUUCCAAACAGGUGGAGGAGCUGUACGAUAUUCCAGUCGGGGCGACAACCGACAAUCUGCCGCCAGGCGUUUUAUACAGGGUUAAAGCCACUUACAAGUACAGUCGCGAGGACGUGGACGAGUUGUCGUUCGACGUCGGCGAGAUUAUUCGCGUCGUGGAAUACGACGAUCCCGAGGAGCAGGAGGAAGGCUGGUUAAUGGGUAUCAAGGAGGGCACCAACGAUAAGGGUAUGUUCCCGGCGAACUUCACGAAACCGCUGUGAGAGCUGAGCUCGGCACGCCAUUUACACUCCAAUGCUCAUCAGAGACAGCGUAUUUUACUUUAAAGUAGUUAAAGACGUCGCGCAAUUAAGUGGGAGAUAAGAGCCGCGCGCGGUCACGCGGGAAUAAUAUUACGCGCGACGUGUACGUAGAUAAACGGAGAGAGAGCAGGCGACGCAGGGCUGCAGGAGGGAUUAAGGGGGAGGGGGGAGCGGGGAGAAUUCGAUAAGAUAUGCUGGAGGGUACUGCGGAGAGAAUCAAUCACCCCAAAGUGCCUUAAACCCAGCCACUGUCUGUGCCAACGUUCACUCUUAUUCGUCAAGGAAAAUAUGGGAUUGACCCUCUCAUAUCAAACGUACGGAUACACAUCAUUGAAUAAUAAUCAAACGAGAUAUUUAAGCGACUACUAAAUAAUAUAAUGUAACACGUAUAUAUACAGCAACAAGAAACACGUACACACGCGUACACAACGAUCAUGCAAUAUUAUAUAAAAAUGAACGAAAGCUAUAUAUUAAAUUAAUAUUAUUUUAUGAAACUGUACAUAGAUCUAUACAUACGAUUUAAGAGUAUUUUACGAGAUAACUUUGUGGCCACUGAAAAAAUUAUCGCUAGGAGACGUAACACCUUCAAGUUUUAAGAACGAGCGCGCCACUCGAGAAAAUCGUCCCCUCCCCAUUCAACGGGAGUAGGACGGUCGUAAAAAUUUUCAAGGUCCAACUACCUGCAUUCGUAAGGUAAGGUUCUAUUUACUCGCCUAAUGUUCGAGAGCAGUCUAGCAAUAGCUCCCAUUGAAAUCUCGCCACGAUUCGCAUGCCAAAUUUUUCAACGACGUAAUAAUAGAUGUCGAAGGGCUGAUACGUGAGAGAAAUAAAUAUUACGAUGUAUAAAUGAGAUGAGAGUAUAGCUUCUGUGUAUUUAUGAUUGAUAGUUCUUUUCUUGUUUCUCCGCCUUUUGGAGCGUCGCGAAUUGCGUCAGUUGAGUCCAUUUGUGUAUUAUUUCGCGCAGGUUUUAUUCAUUUGUAUCCGCAAAUCUUAUGUACAUGUAUGUAGAAAUCGGGUAGCGAUGAAAGAAAGAGAGAGAGAGAGAACGUUUAUUAUUAUAUUAUUUUAUUACUAUUGUUACUAUAUAUAUUGCUAUAAUUAUUAUCGCUCCCGUAUCUAUUCACAUGUUGUCAGAAUAGAAAACGAAUACGUAACGAUCCAAUCCCGAAACUUUUGUAGACUCAAUCAAUACUCGUUAGAUCUGCCGAACCAAUCUUGUAUUCGCAACUUGUGUAAUAAAUAGUGUUGUAAUAAUAAUAACAACAACAACAAUAAUAAUAUAUACAUAUACACGUACAUACUUACAGCGGUAGCAUUAAGAGAAAAUAUUAGCUUUGAGAGAAAUUGUGUGUCUUUUUAUUUUAUCACGCUGGUCUAAAACUGCGAAAGAAUAGGAAAGUUCGAGUAUCCCUUUUGUAAGAGAAGCCAUUUGGUUUUAAGAAUUGAUUGUUGUACCCUUAUUUGGUUAAUUUGAUAGAAAUAUUAUUAAUGAGUUCUCUUGGUUUCUUAAAUGUUCCUUCCCCCAAAAAUGGGAAAACAAAUCUGUACAAAUUUGUAUUAAAAAAAAAGAUCUCGAACAGAUUCGAUUAAUCCUUUCGUGCUUGCAAUUUACAUCACACGUGCAAUAAUAAUUAUAUGAUUAUAUAAAACCUCACAAGAAGUAUUCAUCAAGUGAAGAUGAUGCAUUUAAAUACUAAGAACGGAUGUAACAAAAAGAUCCUCUCGCUAACUGUGCAUUAAAUAAUUUUUUAUAGCAUUCAGACGUACAAUAAAUGUGUCAAACGAAUUAUAUAAAAGUCGAGGGUGAGAGAGACAAAUAAUGUCUAUAUUCUUCUGUCAUUCAUGUAUUAAGGGAAUCCUGAAAUGACUAACAAAAUGGCCCCUUCGACGUGGAAGCACCCUCGUCUAAACAGAAAUAAAAAUGUCGAUCUAUCACCGACAUUAUCAUUUCGUGUAGACUUGGCAAAGAUAUGCGCAUAUAUCGGGAAGGGCAGCGAAACGACAGCAUUUCACUCUUGUAUCCGAUGUAUCACGAUACACUUUCCUAUCAUCUCGUGCAAAUGCAGGGGACUUUAGAAGGACCCUGGAUGUAUGACAAAUACCUUACAAAAACUGAGAAAAACUUUAUUUUUAUUUUAUUAUUAGUAAAACAAAAAUACAUAAAAAGGAAGACAUAAUGAAAGUCAAUAGUAAAAUACAAAAGUAUUUUUUAUGUCAUAGACAGAGUAGUCCUAUCUAUCGCCGUAGACACGGAAGUAAAACCUUUUUAACAUCCAAGUUGACCAGUAUACUUACAAAUAUGCAUAUUAAGCAAAAAUUUUGCGAAAAGUAAAAUGUUUAUUUUGUCAGAGAGUUUCUAAUAGUAUAUGUGGGUCGCACGUGUCCGUUUGCAAUUUGCCUCUUCAAUGCUGGGAGAGUAAUUUUUGCUUCAAAGAAAAAAAAAGGAUUAUUUAUAUCAUGGUAAAGAUUUUUUUUUCGAAAACUUGAAAGAUUUGAGGUGACGAUGCAUGGACACGGAUGAUCCACGUGUGCCAUUUACGAGAAUUCAUAUUUUAUAUACUAAUAUAUAACGCAGUUAGGAGGACAAAAAUAGACAAAUAAGGCAAAGGUAAACACUGAAAAAGUAUUGUCUCCAAUGGAAAUAAAGAUUCAUUGUAAUGGGCGCGUAA